AUGGGCGGCAAGCGCAAGGCAAGCGACACGGUUCCCAAGGCCAAAGCUGGGGAGAAGAAGGCGGCGAAGGCAAAGGCAAAGCCGAAGCCGCUGGUGGUCAAGCCUUGUACUGAACUCGAGCUCUCCAAGGAUUCCCUGAACGCCCACGUCCUCGCACACCUGGCCUCCUGCGAUGCUACCACAUUGAAGGAGGAGUGCUUCGCAGGCAUCCUGGAGGAGCCCCCAAAUGGAACUUGCGGGCUGCUGCCGUACGAUGCAGGUGUGGCCACCGCCAAGCUAUCGAAAGGGGAGCCCUACUGCUGCGCGGCGCCGCUGUGGUGGCUGAACUUGAAUUGGGAACUACAGCCUGGGGUGCCCAAGUACAAGUGUCGCCUGGAUUGCCUACAGAAGCACUUCUUCAGCAAGGCCGCGUUCAUCAAGAAGGAGGUGCUUGUGUACGUGGAAAUGCCAGAGCUGCCGCACUUGAACAAAGGGCAGCUUCUUGCUUUCGACAGCCCCGAAAUCCGAGACGCCUUUCGUCAGGCACUUGCCGCGGCAGUCAACCAUGCUCGUGACAUGGAGAUCACGGAUCGCCAGGAGGCCUUGAAGCCAUGGAAGGACGCAAUGCUGUCCGUGCCCUUCAGGUUCAAGGCCAUCGAGGCCGAGCAGCAUGUGACGAACACGUUGUUCAGCCCGGACAGCAUCAUCCAGGAGCGUGAGGAUGUCGGCGUUCUGCACGAGAACAUGAGGACUUCCGCUCUCAUGAGGUCCUUUGAGGUGAUGGACCUCAAGCGUCAGUUAGAGUCUGGGGAGAAUGCCGAGAAGCAGACAAAGCAGAGCCUGCGAGACAAGUACUCCGAUAUCAAGAUGGCCAAGGGAAGCGAACCAGUCACUGUUACCUUUGUGGAGCAAGCCCAAAUGAUACACAACAGCGCGGCCAUGAGUUCACCGCGUGUGCGCAAUAUCCUCCUGAGGUUCGACGAGCAAGGAUUAGAGAAUCCGAUGGACUCGCUCCAUAAAAUUCGAGAAGUAAUCGUGCAGUCCGACAAAACCAAGACCGAUAACCUCGAAUGGAACUUCGAGAUGUUGUUUGACUUUUGGCAGACUUGUUCAGAAGGUGGCGGUAAACGUGACAACAUAUCACUAGGUCUCCUCGAAGGGAAGAUGACCGGGUGGAACGGAAAGAGCUUGCCUCAGCUUUUCCUGUACAAACGCAGCCUGCUGCACUUCCUGUGGAAGACCAUGGAGAAGAUGACGUGGCAUUCAGAGGUGAAGGAGCUCCUUCGCUCGGUCACCGUCAGCGUGGUCGCCUGUCGCCGCCACCUAGGCACGCUUGACAAGCCUGCUGCGUUCGAACAGCGAGCCGGGUGGCCCGAAAGCGCAGACGCGCUCUUGCUCGCAAUCGAGAGCCUGGUCUACUCCUACCAGCAUGAUGAGAAGAUCCUGGCCUCUCUGAAGAACAGGAAGUCAGUGGAGGAGUGUCUGAAGCACGCCGACUUGAAACACUUCAUGGAAGCAGUGGACAAGACUCCCCCCGACGGCAACGUGGAUGAUGCAAACGAUGGCAUCGGCGAGGAAGAGGACGACGGUGAGUGUGCCGAGGAGGAAGGGGGCGACGCGCUGCCCGCCGUGCUUGACUGCAACAGGUCCGCUGCCGAGAUGUUCAUGCACAACAGCAGCGCGGAUACCGACGACAAGGUGCUGGAGAUGCGGAACAAGAUUAACAUGGGCGUGAAGGGAGCGGAGCGCAGGGUGAAAGGCUUGGUGAAGCUGGUGGCUGAGACAAGCGAGUCGAGCGACUUGCAGGCCUUGAUCGCCAACACGUCCGCUUUAAAGGUUCAAGGCAGCAAGAAGCAUUACAACGUCACUGUGGUUGAUGCAAAGCUGCUUUGCGAGAGUGGAGUCCAAGCCAAGUAUCGACCCCCUCCAACACGCCAGACGCAACUCACCAAGUUGCUGGAGGCAGCGUAUGGCGCCAAAGGCUCCGACUGGACUAUCGGCGACGCUAUCGUCGCUCUGGAUGGUGGCAAAGCAGACUUUGAGGAGAAGAUCCUGAAAGCCUUGCCCCAAGCAAAGAAGCUGCACCUGACGAAGUACUAUGUGACCUACACGUCGGAGUCCUUGGAAGGCAGAAUCCAGCGGCAGCAUCAGGAAACCAGCUUGAACCAGAUGGAGUGCGUCUACGUGUUCACUGUGGAGCCGCUCUCGGUGAUUGCCAGACCAAGGGCGACUAUGCCGACACAGACGACGCGGGGCAAUGUCAUCGGACCAUUGACAGCUGUGAAGUGGAGUGACGCCAAGGAGUGCUGGAACAUUCGCUGGGUCGACAAGAAGAAGAUGCUGGGCGCAGAGAACCUCGCCGUUCCGGAUGAUAAAGGUGAGGAAAAAGCGUGCAAGAACUCCGACGUGAUCCCAGCCUUAUUUUGGGAAAGCCCUGAGACGCUCGCCCAGGAGAUUUGCCAUUCUCUGGGGGCUGUCGCCGUUUUGGACCUGUCCGCAGGCAGCGGGCACUGGGCACUCAGUUGCCUUCGGCUGCGGCUUCCUUAUGUCGGAGUAACGCUGACUGCCACGCACAGUUCCAUGCUGGAAAAGAAGCUCACGUCCAAGGUGCUCAGCUUGAUGUCGGUGUCGGGAAAUUCCCUCUUCGACGCUGCCCACGCUUCUGCGCUCCAGGAGGCCACGAAGGGGCAAGAAGAGAACACCAAGAAUCAAAAGAAGAGGCCAGCGCCCAAGCCUAAAGUCCGUCCUGAGCCUGCGGUGGGCCAGAAUGCUGGAGAAGGUGGGCAAGAUGAGGCAGAUGGCGCGGCUGGCGGUGGCUCCGGCGGCGGUGAGGAGGGCGAGGGCAACACAAGCAGAGAAGAUCUCCUCAAGAAAAUCAGAAUGACAAUGGCCUGA